GGAACGUUGUAACGUUGAAGCCGCAACACCAGAAAUUCCAAGUUGCAGCUAAGAUGCUACUUUGGUGAACUGGCCAAAGUUUCUCAGUUGUGGUUCCAUUCGGAGAGAACAGUUGUUCUAUUUAGUUUCUUGUAUUAGUUUUUCCAUUCUACACUCUAAUCUGCCUCUUGUACCAGCAGCUGCCCCCUAUUUCCUUCCGUUCCAGCUUGAGCAACUCGCCUUCGAUUUGUGACUACCAUGGCAUAGGCACCUUAUUCCGACGAGAUCACCCCUUUUCGCAAACCUGCUAUACACGCGUGUUCAGGAACGAUCAAGAUGCCGCGUUCCCGACCUGCCACAACGGGCUACGAGCGCCUCGCUCAGGCCGACCAGUUCAGCGAUGACUCGGACUACGACGAUCCCCUCGCCGCAAGCUAUGCCUCGUUGCAGCCGCAGGCCGCGCCGCGAUAUGAGCCCAUCAACCAGCCUCGUCCGCAUUCCGGCAUGGCGACGCCGAAAGCGCUAGGCCGUCGCGAGUCGUACUCGGCAGGUCGUCCCCGUCGACGCACCCGCCGGAACUCGGGUGUCGACCUGAAGGCCAUCAAUGCCCGCCUUGAACGCUGGGCCGACGAGAUUGCCUCGAAAUUCAAGCGCAGCCGCAACAAGAAGAAGGGCGAGGUGGAGCGCCUAGAGAUCCACCACUCCGUCUUCCAGCCCCCCGAGGGCGUUCGGCCCGUGACGGCCGAAAUGCUGGCCGUGCCUGAGCCUGGCUAUACGACCAAAGCCGAAUUCGACGCGAUUGUGGACAGCGUCAGGUCCGCCAUCCAGCAAGGUGUGCAUCCGCGCAUGAUCUCACAGGGGAGCUCUGGCAGCUAUUUUGCGAGAAAUCCCGACGGCAGGGUCGUCGGCGUCUUUAAGCCCAAGGAUGAGGAGCCAUAUGCAGCGGGGAAUCCGAAGUGGAACAAGUGGAUUCAUAGGAACUUGUUCCCCUGCUGCUUCGGCAGGGCUUGCCUAAUCCCCAAUCUUUCCUAUGUCAGUGAAGCCGCAGCAUAUGUUCUUGACACCCAGCUCCGCACGCACCUAGUUCCGUACACAGAUGUCGUGUAUCUUUCGUCAAAGUCUUUCCAUUACCCUUUCUGGGACCGUUACAACUUUUCGAGGAAAAAGAAGCCGCUACCUGCGAAGCCUGGCAGCUUCCAGGUCUUCCUCAAGGGCUUCAAAGAUGCCAACGUCUUUCUGCGGGAACACCCUUGGCCAGAUCAAUAUUUAUCGGGAUAUCGCACUUCGGAUACCCACAGGACACGGAACCGGCGCUGGGCAGACAGCUGUCGUCCUUCAACCGCCCGGCCGGACGAUGGGAACAGCGAUGACGGCCACGAAAGCCUGCAUUCGGCCACUCCAGGGCCCGAUAAUUUUGUAUGGACACCUUCCCUGAAGCAGUCGUUCAGGGAAGAACUCGAGAAGCUCGUCAUUUUGGAUUACAUUAUGCGGAAUACUGAUAGAGGGCUUGAUAACUGGAUGAUCAAGGUGGACUGGGAGGCCCAGGAGGUCUCGGUAGCGUCGGAGCCGGUGCGGCUCAACAUGGACACGUCGGAUCCGGAACAAGGGCCGAGGCCUGUAGACCUAUCCCAAAGGAGUCCACCUAAAACCCGAGCUUCGUACCCGUAUCGGGUGGAACGCCCAAUGGACGUGUCUACGCCCGCGUCAAGCACGCCGGACCCGAAGAUCACAAUAGGGGCCAUUGACAACUCGUUGUCGUGGCCCUGGAAACACCCUGAUGCUUGGAGAAGCUUCCCCUUCGGAUGGCUCUUCCUGCCCGUCGAUCUCAUCGGCCGGCCCUUUUCACAAAAAACGCGCGAUCACUUUCUCCCCUUACUUACCUCUACUCAUUGGUGGAGUCAAACGCAGCUCGCUCUGCGCAGGGUGUUCCAGCUCGAUCCCGACUUCCAGGAGCGCAUGUUUGCCCGCCAGAUCGCUGUCAUGAAGGGUCAGGCAUGGAACGUAGUCGAGACGCUCAAAACACCCGACCAUGGCCCGCUCGAGCUCACACGCCGUGCUAAAGUAUGCGUGUGGGACGAUUUGGUUGACGUGCCUGUCGCCGUCCCUAUGAGGGUUGCAAGCGCCGAGAUGCGUCGCCGUGCCACCGCCGAGUCGGACUCUGCCGUAGCCGGCGGCGCCAUGAAUCACUACAGCAAGGAUAAAGACAAGUCCUCGAGCGAUAGCAUACCGGAAGCUGAAGAGGAAAUGGACAUUGGAGCCGCCAACACCACCACGACGUCACCAGCCAGCGCCCCAGCCACGGCUGGCGUUAUCGCCCCCAGCGCAGCGCCAGGUGCUGCAGUCGACCUCCUGGGCCUCGCCAGCCCCCCGGCAGACUUACCCCACCCAGGCCGCUUCGAACUAGCCCUGGCUGACGAACUUUCCUCCCCGAGCCCGCUCAACAGCGGCAACCCCAACGGCUCCUCCUUGAAACCUGACACCGCGGGCAAACAUGCCCGCCCGCACCUCAGCCGCGCUUCCCAAAGCCACCGCACCCUGAACAUGUACUCCCCCGACCGCGGCGGCGACCGCCCAGCAGUGGACCACCAGAGGCGCUUCUCGUUUGCCACGGCCGCAUCGAGGAGGGAGAGCAACUCCAUUGCUGCACAGCUCUACGGGAGGAGUAGUUAUGAGUAUGGGGGCGGUGGCCGGGGUGGUGGAUAUGCCGAGUGGGAGGGGAACGAGGGAGCGGAUGACGAUGACGAAUUGGAGGGCGGUGAUCUGGGGUAUGCGGCGGCUAGCGGGAUGGAGGGGAAUCUGAGAAAGGUGAUUGUGGAGAGGCUUGAGCCGGUCAAGAGUCGGAAUCCCGUUUUUACUUGUUGUUGAUGUUGAUGUACCGUUGACGGCGUUGCUUCAGUAUAUGUAUGUCUUUUCAUCUAUCUUGAAUAUGUACAAGUAUUGUCGUGGUUGGCGGUUGGGGGACCAAGGAGAGAGGUUCAUUUGCAUGGGUGUGCCUGGCCUGCUAGAUACAUACAUAGAGGUCCGAGCGGAUGUGGGAAGGGUACGAGGCCGGCGUUGUUAUUGUCCCUCUAUAAGUCGUUGUUUUAUGCAUCACUGUUCUCUCAUGUUGACCCAUCUCCAUCUCUGUCGUAACAGAGAUACACCUUGGCUCAUCCCCUAUUCCAUGAGAGGUUUAGUAGGUGUGUAGAAUGGAC